AUGAAGCUCAUGGUGCCCAAGGCCUGGGCCGGCCUGCCCUACUUUGACAAGCUCAAGGGCCUGCAGGGCGUCCCAGUCAUCAACAUCCACAUCUGGUUUGACCGCAAGCUGACCACAGUUGACCACCUGCUGUUCAGCCGCAGCCCGCUGCUCAGCGUGUACGCCGACAUGUCCACCACCUGCCGAGAGUACGCCGACCCCAACCGCAGCAUGCUGGAGCUCGUGUUUGCCCCGGCCCACGAGUGGAUCGGCAAGAGCGACGAGGACAUCAUGGAGGCCACCAUGAAGGAGCUGGAGAGGCUCUUCCCCACUGAGAUCGCCGCGGACGGCUCCAAGGCUGCCGUGCGCAAGUACAGCAUCGUUAAGACGCCCCUCAGCGUCUACACCGCCAGCACCGGCCGCCAGGCCUACAGGCCCACCCAGCGCAGCCCCAUCAGCAACUUCUACCUGGCGGGCGACUACACCUUCCAGCGCUACCUCGCUUCCAUGGAGGGCGCCAUCUUCAGCGGCAAGCUCGUGACCGAGGCCAUCGUGGAGGACGUCAACCUCGGGAAGCGCCCCGAGACGCUCAAAAAGAUCGCUGAGGGGGAGAAGCCCGCCGCGCUCGCGGCGGCGUGA